GUUGAGCUGCAGCAGCAUCAGUGUCUCAGUAUCAGUCGCUCUGCAGCAUGCAUCAGGAAACACACUUCAUCCACACUUUCUGCUCCACAGGAUGUGAGUUCAGAUAAGCAAUCAGGAUGGUAGCAGAGACCCAGGCUGAUGCGGACAGACCGAAGCGAUGGAGGAGACAACGCCAGACCCCGCUUUUGUGGACGUGGACCAGGGUAUGACUCUGGCGUGCAUCGCCUUCCUAUGUCUUCUUCUGGUGGCAAUGAUCAUCCGCUGUGCCAAAGUCAUCAUGGACCCCUACAGCGCCAUUCCCACCUCCACCUGGGAGGAGCAGCACUUGGACGACUAGCAGAUUUCCCCAAGACCUCGCCAAAUAAACAUGCACCUGCAUUCAAUCAAUGUUUCAACCAAUGCACGGAUAUCUACGGGAUAUUUAAGCCGAUAGUCAUCUUCUCGCAUGCAGCAUCACUGGCUUUGAAGACGUCUGCAUGGAAACGGAGCUGAAUUGAACCCAACUCUAUUAAACGAGAAGGCAUGCAUUUUGAAAUGAAGCCGAUUUUGACGUCAAUGUCCUCUUUUGUGCUUCUACACUGGAUGAGGUUUAGUAAAACGAAAUCACUCCAAAGCACAAAAUCUGACACUUCCAUGUUCUCACAACCAAUGCAUCCUGAAUUUGUAAUAAUAAAAUAUGUAUAUUUUUAUCUUUAAUAAGGUUAUACAAGAAACACAUCCAAUUAAGGCAUGGAAAACACUUCUAGCUAUACAAGCUCCACAAUUUUACAGCGUUGCCACAAGGGGUGCUAUAGCCUUCUUACUGUCCGUUUUCUUUUACACAGUCAUGGUGGAACAACAGUAAGUUAGGAGGUUAGUCAACAGCCAAAAUGCUUAUUUAUGAUUUAAUAUAACAGUAAUUUGCAGUUAACUAUCGCCCCCUUGAGUAGCACCACUGCAAAUACAGUAUUUACAAUGGGACUGCAUACUUGCAAUACAUUGGUCAAGCAUUCGCAUUUACAGACAUGCAUAAGCAUGAGCUUAAUUGUUAUUAAGUUUUGCAAGAAGACAAAACUUUGACUGAAGGCCUUGUGGAAACGCCCAAAGAUGAAAAACGCCAUAAACUCUCUUUAAAAGAGCUCUCUCUCAUUUAUCGGCUCUUACGAUCUGAUCCCCUGAUGUGGUUUGAUUCUGUUGUCCUUGACAAAGUGUACGCAUUAACAGAGAGCUAUAGUCUGCACCGCAUGAUAUCAAGUGCCUCAGCUGAGGUUAUAUAAAUGAAGUGGACAAAACACCAUUGUCCUGUCUGAUGUGCUACAUAUCUGUUCUCAACCACAAUAAAGAUGAUAGUAAUUCUAGUAUUUCUGGUGAAUUAUCACCAACCAUUGGUGAGUACACUGCAAAUCUUCAAGCUUUAUAAUGGGAUUUUAAACACCACACUAAAUUAUGGGGGGAAUUCAGGUCUAAUCUAGUCAUAUCACACUAAUUUAGCAUUUUAGACAAUACAUAGUUUCAAAGCAGCUAUACAGCAAUAAACGGAGAAAUAACAGUGUUACAAAUGUAAUUCAAUUCAGUUAUAAACCAACUCUACAGAAGACAGUGUCAUUAUUCAGCUCAAUUCUCAAUUUAGUAUUUUUAUUAUUUUAUUUUUAUUUUUGCAUUCUCAUCUUAAAAUGUACGACAAUCUUGGGUGCAAUUUACUAAGAAUGAAUAACCUAGACAUAAUGUUGCUUAAUUGUAUUUUUACUAAAUUACUUAUAUAAAAAAAAAGGAUAAAAAAUUGUACUGAACGCAAUUUUUAUUUCACAGUUUCUAUCUUGAAGCUCUCGAGCUGGAUCAGUUCAACUUGUGGUGAUGACAAAGAUCUUUUCUAUGAAUCAAUCGAAUCGGUUCACCAAACUGAUCCGGGAUGCGUUUCCCAAAACCAUAAUUGCUAACAUGUUAGCAACUUGGUUGGCAAUGGGAAAUUGCAUUGAAAAAGUUGCCUUUUUCAAACAUACCUGACUCAAAAUAAGUCGAAUGAACGAUUCACUGACUCACUGAGCCAAUAAAUGGCUGCCAGAUAUACUUACGAUCUUAUUGUGUGAGUAUUAAUACAAGUAGAGUCAUCAAAUUCAACAGUUAAAAAAAAAACAAAAGUUGGCUUGUCCAGACUCAUCCACUGAUGGAAAGCAUCACUACGAAUCAAAAGUCUGACGUCUACAGAGCAUAUCAAGUCCUUUACCUGUCAAGAAGGUUUUAUCUCUGCAACCAGAUGUAUU